AUGGAUGAUAAUCGGGAUCAGGAUUUGGAGAGCCUAGGGUUUCAAUCAUUCUCGGAAAAGAUGCAUCAGGAUGUUUUUAUUUCUUCUAAGGGUUCAAGAAACAUGCAUGGUCUGCAUGAUCAGCCGUCAUUAUUUAGUAAACCAUUAAAGAUCGAUGGGAAUCCUUUGUUUCCACGUAGGGGUGUGGUGCAGAAAGAUUCAAAUGUCAUAAACGUUAUUGAUGAAUUAGAAAAGAUCACUGUUCCAGUUCAACCUAUGGGUAAUCCUCAGCAUGAUGAGUCGGCAACACCAAUCUCCUAUGCGGACAAGCUAAAGUCAUCUUCCCGGAACAAAAGAGAGAUUAACUUCAGGCUUAUGAAGCCGAUGGAAACUAGAGAUGAUGCGGAUGUGGUGAUACCAAAAGAAGUGAUCAAGAAGGCUCAGGAUAAACUUGAGAAUGUUCUGUACGGCUAUUUCUUGGGUAAUAGGCUUCCGUUUCCGGUAGUAGAAUAUUACGCAAAGAAUGUUUGGGCGAAGUUUGGAUUUUCAAAACUCAUGAUGAAUGCGGGCGGCUUUUUCUUUUUCAAAUUUGACACCAAAGAAGGUAUGUUAAGUGUGUUGGAAGGUGGUCCUUGGCUCAUUAGGAAAAUUCCGUUAUUCUUAAAUAUUUGGACUCCCUCAGUUAGCUUGAAAAAGGAUGGGAUUAAAACGGUGCCGGUUUGGAUUAAGUUUCAUAAUGUUCCUCUUGCUGUGUUUACCGAUGAGGGGCUUAGUCUUUUAGCGUCGAAGCUCGGAAUUCCAAAACGACUUGAUGCCUACACGGCUGAUAUGUGUGCUGAAAAUUGGGGCAGAACAAGUUUUGCUCGAGCAAUGAUAGAGAUCUCGGCUGAUAAUGAAUUAAAAGAUCACAUUGUUCUUGCUAUCCCUAAACUAGAUGAAGAGGGUUAUCUGAUGGAAAGAGUGGACGUUGAAUAUGAGUGGAAACCUCAUAGGUGUGCGGUUUGUUGUUUAUUUGGUCACUCGGAUGCGAAGUGUCCUAAAUCUGUUAAUGUUAAGCCGAAGCAAGUUACAACCGAUGAGGAGGGUUUUGUUACCGAUACUAGGAAAGUGGCAAGACACGGAUUUCCUCAAAAGAAGCAGAAGGCUAGAGUUGUUUAUAGACCAAAGAAUAUCCAUGCGGGUCCGGAACCAUCUGGCACAAAGAGCGUUAAUGCAGAACGGCAUGUGGAUAAGGUUAAUCAGGAAGGUAACAAGCGUGAUCUGAAUUUGAGGAAUUCUUUUUCGGUCCUGGAUAGUAUGGCCGAUGGGGUUCCGAGUACGAGCAAUAGUCAAGAAGAUAGGCCUCUAGUAGAUGAAUUUGUGCGGCAAAACACAACUGAGACGGCUGAAUUUAUGUGUGCUGGAACUAGUGAUAAAAAAUCUGAGGGGGCAAGCACUCCCGGUUUAGAUGGUGUCCAUGGAUAG